AGCGUUAGCUCACUCUACCUCCCAAAGCCGUGCCAUUUCCAGAUACGUCUCUCCAGAAAUAGACUGGGAAUCCGAGGAAGUGGUACGCUCAGCAGCUUCCACUGAGCAAGGGAAGCUAAGCAAUGUUCAGAUGGCCAGAGUGAGUCUCCUAGGAAAGACUCUCCCAUCAAAAUUAUUUCACUACAGAUGGGCUAUGGAGGACGAUUCUGAGGUUAGAGAUUUUGCUAAACUAGCCUUCAGAUCCCCGUUGGUUAAGGAGGAUGACCUUCUCCUCAGGAACCACAUUGGUAUCCCAGACAUUCAGGCUUUAAUGGCUCCAGAGGUAGAUCCUGCUCUGUUAUCUAUCAUAGGGAGCAGUGUAUCCUCUGAUCCCACAGACCAGACUUUUUGCAAUAUACAGUUCAAAAUUGCUGAUGUUGUGGGUCCACUAUUACUGAUGCUGGAUAAGGCAGAAAAAGAAGGCAAUGCUCAGAAACCUUCUGCUUCAUCUGU